AUUUUCAUGACGAUUUGCCUGAUACAGCUAUUCAUCCGCCCUACCAGACCAGCAUCACUAAUACCAGGCGAGCCAGACUAUGUGGGAAGUGACGACGAAGUCUACUGCCAGACACAUGACGGGUACCUUAAGAAGCCACAUUUUCCGAUUGUCUGGAUCUCGUCUCCUAUCAAGAGGAAGAUGAAGCCCAACGGUGACUACACCUGCCGGUUGAACGAAGACGCCGUUAAGCGAUUUCUAGACCGUCAUGGUGUCAGUUUCGCAGAAUUCAAGAAAAAGUACAAUAUAGGGCAUCUUUCGCUGAAGUAUUGGAUGGCUCAUGUGCAGGAAACGGAUAUAAAAUUGGGGUAUCCACCGUACAAUCUCGACCAACUGAGGGAGGAAAAGAGAAAGGCCGAAGCCAAAACAUACGAUGAAAACGGCUGCAAGAAGCAUUGCGAGGAUAAAGAGGGAUGGAUCGUCGAGUAUCGCAACGGGACAAAGAAAGACAAAGGGAAGGACCAGGGUAAUCACCAAAAUGAUAUCAAGCCUCAUGGCAAAGGGACGGACCAUGGUAAUCACCAGAAUGAUAUCAAGCCUCACGGCAAAGGGACGGACCGUGGUAAUCAGCAUAAUGAUAACAAGACUCACGACAAAGGAACGGACCAUGGUAAUCAGCAUACUGAUUUCAACCCUCCUCGGAAGCUUCGCCGAAUCCAUAUCACUCAUGCCAGGGUAACCAGAGACAAGAAAUGCCACUGCGAAUUGAACCACAUCGAAGUCCGGGAAUUUUUGGUCAAACAAGGGAAAGAGCGUCUCAGCUACAACUUCGCGCGGUUGUGGGGUAUAAACCAUUCCCAAGCCAGACAAUAUCUGAGAGAUAACGGGAUCGAUAUUGAGUACGCAGACACACCCAGGAAGUCCUUGGCGAACUGGUUCAAGGAACCUCUGUAGAGGGGUUGCACACAAGAGAUAGACUGAUUUAGCAGCUGCUUAAUGGAGAAUUUGCAUGCAAAUUUUUUAUAGCCUCAUCUGAAAGCGUUUAAGGGCGUUGUCACGAUAACUGGAAUAGUUUUGUCGCCGUAACAGACGACACAUUUUUCGGUCAUUUUUUUAGUAGUA